UAGUGAAUUGUCGAUCUCAUCAUGCCUAUGUAGUCAUUGUUUUCCCUUUCUUGUGUCUGUUACCGUGGUUAAACUGUAAACCACCCGUAUUGGCAUUUAACAGGGCCCAUAUUUACUUCUUUAUCUGUUCUGCACUUGUGAAUGCUUAUGUUAUGUUUCUACUCAUUCCCUUCCUUCACCCACUCUGAUAAUAUAAGUGUGCAAGUCUCUUAUGCUCUAAUAGUAUUCCUGACUAAAUUGGUGUGUGUUUAAUUAUUCUAAGUAAAACUAUAAAAAAAGUAUAUACGAAUAAAAUCAUUUCGAUUUACUCUUACAUUUUCUUGUGUUUAUGAGGUUUGAGUAGUUAAGUCUACUUAUUGUGACUGUUGGUUUGUAGAAGUUUAAAAAAUUAAUUUCAAUGAAAUGAAAAAUAUAUUAACACUUUAGGUUUAACUGUAAUAAUAAUGGGGACAUUAGAUAAACAUAUUGGCUACAGACUUGAUGAUAUAUUUAAAUCAAACGCUUUAGUAGACAUCAGGGCUUGCAGUAAACCAGUUAUUAAGUUAAAUUUUUUUGAAUUAUUUUUUCUUAGACUGCAUGAAAAUUGUGAAGCUUUUUAUUGAAAGUUACUAUAAUGACAAACAGUAUGUCAUUUUUUCGUGGGGUACGAAGCUCUAAGUUUCGUCAUGUAUAUGGGUCCCCGUCAAGAAGAGAUGAGAUUUAUGAUAAUGUUCCAAUAACAAGAAAUGCUCAUGAUUCAAAUUUUUGUGCAGCAAAUCCAAAAUUUGUUGCUAUUGUAACUGAAGUUGCAGGUGGAGGUGCUUUUUUAGUGUUACCAAUUACCAAGACUGGUCGUUUGGAUUUGAACACAAGUAAAGUUACUGGUCAUAGAGGUCCAGUACUAGAUGUAAAAUGGAACCCAUUCAAUGAUAACAUAAUUGCUUCUUGUUCUGAUGAUUGUACUAUCAAAUUAUGGUAUAUUCCAGAUAGUGGAUUAAGUUGUAAUCUUACUGAAUGGUUAAUAGAAUUACGUGGUCAUAGACGAAGGGUUGGUUUUAUUGAAUGGCAUCCAACUGCAGAAAAUAUAAUAGCAAGUUCAGGAUUUGAUUACCAAGUUAUUAUUUGGGAUGCAGGAUCUGGUCAAAUAUUAAAUUUUAUAGAUUGUCAUCCAGAUAUUGUUUAUUCAAUUACAUUUAAUAGAGAUGGAAGUAGAUUGGUAUCAACCUGUAAGGAUAAGAAAAUAAGAGCAAUUGAUCCUAGAUCAGGUUUAGUUAUUUCAGAAGGGAUUUGUCAUGAAGGAUCACGAUCAUGCAAAGCAGUAUAUUUAGAUAAUGACCGAAUAUUAACCACUGGUUUUUCAUCGUAUUCUGAUAGACAACUUGCUAUAUGGAAUCACACUGAUUUAACUGAACCAUUAAAUCGUAUAACUGUUGAUUCCUCUUCUGGGAUAUUAUUUCCUUAUUAUGAUUAUGACACUAAAAUUGUUUAUCUUGCUGGAAAAGGAGAUGGCAAUAUGAGGUAUUAUGAAAUUGUUGAUGAAUUUCCUUACAUACAUUUUUUAAACCAGUUCAUAUCUGGUUGCCCACAAAAAGGAUUUGGGAUGAUGGUUAAACGAGGUUGCAAUGUGAGUCGUUGUGAAAUAAUGAGAUUUUAUAAACUGCAUACUACACGAAAUGUCUGUGAACCAAUAUCUAUGAUAGUACCACGAAAAAGUGAUCAGUAUCAACAUGAUUUAUAUCCUGAUACAAAUGCUCCUGUCCCAGCUUUAAAUGCCCAAGAAUGGUUUAGUGGAAUAAAUAAGCCUCCAGUUUUAAUGUCAAUGAAAACGGGAAUAUCUGUAAAAACUCAUAAACCUCAAGCUUUUGUUUCUAAUGAAGCAACUCGCAAUGACACUAAUUAUCGAAUGAAGUAUGCAUUUCUUUCUAAGGAAACAGUACCAGAUUAUCGGCCACUUGAUAUGUUACUUGAAAAUGAAAAAGUACAAAAGACACAAUCAAAUCAAAAUACUAGAUUUCAACAGAUUCAACUUAAGUUGUCAAACUCUGUGGUAGACAAAGAAGAAAGCAAUACUACUGUCAAAGUAUCAGAAAUUUAUUUACAAAAAAAUGAAUAUCAAAUGAAGAAGGCUCUUGCUCGACAAUGUGAAGAGUUAAAUAUGCUGAGAAAACAAAUGGCUCACAGAGAUCGUCGAAUACGGGAUUUAGAAGAGCUUGUUUCUACUCUUCAAUCUCAAUUAAAAGUUCAAAGACAUCAGUGAUGUAAUAUACUAUAAUUUAUGAUACUCUUUAUAAGUAUUAUAGCAUUAAAAUUAUGUUAAAUUUGUAACUCAAGCUAUUACAUUAUCCUAAAAAUUUAGGUCUUAAGUUUAAAAUUUUCAAGUUAUCAUUUAGUUCUUUUACAAUUCGUUAUUCAUAGUGUCAUUAAUUUAUAAAAAAAAAAAAUUAUUUAUGGAUCUAUGCUUUAAAAAAAAUAUAUGCACCAAAAAUUGCUGUGAUUAAUAAAAUACAUAGUGUUCUAUUUAAUGUAAGAUGCUUAUUAUAAAUGUGUAUU